AUCAAUUUUAAAUUCAGGCUGUAACAUCUACUGUGUGAAUACUUUCUGAAGGCACUGUAUAAAAUUUGUUCAUAAUUGACACAAUUUUAUGUAUGAAGUUCUCUAGCUUCAACCUAUCUGUACUCUGUUCCUCUGGAUGUCUCGGAACCAAACCUCCUCAGAGUAAUUAUACAUGAAGCCUUCAACCUUUUGUCCUCAAUCUCCCUUUGAAUAUUGAAUUGCAAUGCAUUUCGUUAGCCAGGGUAUUAUGCACAAACGGAGCAGGUGAUGACUCAAAAUUCAAGCAAGAAAUAAAUCCUGAAUCCCUGCCCUUCAAGUCAGCCAUUUUGGUGGUUAUAGCUGUCCUAUUGGCCAGCUGUCUUUUUCUAUUAGAAUGGAUGGGCUCCUAUUGAACAGGUUGUCUUCAUUACCACCUGGCGCUCAGCAUUUCAAGGUUAUCAGAUGUACUGUGCGGUUUACAGGUAUAAUAGUUUGUCAAGAUCAAAAGGUUUAACACCAGGCAAUGCUUUACGAGGGCCAAUUUCCUGGACCCAGAUUAAGCAUACUCCUGAAUUAAAAAGACUCUCCAAUGAAAGUGCUUUUUAGUCCAGAAAUAGUCUUAACUUGACAUGAUGAUGACCAAAAGACACAUUAUGCUUUAAAGAGGCUUAACAACAGGGGUUAAAAGGUUUAUGUGAUAAAUGCCUCUUUCUGUGGCCAGGUGUCUUUCUCCUGUGAUAAAUCAGACUUCCUGAUUUUAAAUGAUUUAUACCCUGGAUAAAGAGAUGCAGCAGUGCUCUCCUCCGUCCUCCCUGUAGGUGUCUCUGGGUUUUCUCUUCUUUAAGACCUGGCUACAUUUUAAACAAACAAUCAGCCCUGCGUGUUUAGACUAGAAGGCUAAUGGGGGCGUGGUAGAGGGAGGGACGUAGAGGGAGAUUCUAUCCAACAGUUCUACUGCUCCACAGCACAGGCCAAUAACAGAGGGAUUUCAUUCUCUCCCGCAGCGUUUGCUGUCCUGACGUUUAUUACACGGUUGUCUUUAGUUUCAUUACACUCAGAGCAGGGCAACUCGUUUUAUAUGAGAAAAAACUAGAUUACCUCCCUCUGGACAGACAGCAGGACAUAAAAGGGCAGUUGUUUGAAAUGUGUACACAACUCACGGAUGGGACCAUUUACUCAGGCAUAUUUGCCAAUGUACAGUAGUCUACAGAAAGCUUUUAGGCCAUAUACAUAAGUCUGGAGGGAGCUGUGAACCUUUACAAAGCUGGAGAGAUUUACUGGACUGGGUUUCUUUGAGGCCUUUGUUUCUCCAGUUUCUGUGAGUGUUUUUAAGUGUGGUGAGAGGGCGCUCAAAGUGGCUGCAAAUCAUUCACUGCGGUUCCAAUCUUAGCAGGGCCUGUACGUUUCUCAUGUUUGCUACGCUUCCACAAAUCUGCAUGAACAGCACAUCAUGAAAUGUGUUUCAAAGGAAUGUGUCAUAUUUAGAUUUUGUACUUGACAUCAUUUUGUAAUUAACUAAUCCUUCAGCAUUUCAAAUCCACUGUUCUGUUAUGUUUAUUCUUGUUUUAAAACUGAUUUUCAUUUGAUAUUACAUGGUUGUGAAAAUGGAACUAGUUCUUUUUGUUCUGUGGGAGGAAGCUUACAACUGCCAUGGAGAACAAAUUGCUGUCUUGCUGCCAUGGGGAACAAAUUGCUGUCUUGCUCGAUACCAAUCGAACUAAAAUUAUUCCUGUCUCUUGAAUAAAACAUUUAAUUAUAAUCUAUUGGGUAAAAUAGCUGCUCCCUACCAUCUGCAAUCAGGUGGAAGUUUUUUGUCUGUUUGCUAGAUUGCUUCUGUUUGCAGAAAUCCAUACAAUGUGCUGUAUGUUUUGAAAGCAUUCCUGUUCAUCAGAGCAUAAAUAGAUGUAUGGCUUUAUACAUUUCUUCUUUUUAUCAUGGCUACUCUUCAAUAAAUUCAAAUAGUUUAGCCACUAAAAUUAAUUUGAGAAAAAUUAAUGAUGUUCCAUAUUGUUGCAGUAAGGGAUAGUUCCUACAUAUGAGUGCAUUUGGAAUGGGAAAAGGGAGAGGGCUUGUGGGUGGAAUGUAAAGUGACUGGAAUUUCUUCAUAGACAAUGCACCACAUUGGCUUGUAAUGAGUCAUAGAUAUCUGGCAUUCUUCCGAUUGCCAACAAAAAGCUAUCUUAUUUUUCAGUCAAAAGCACUGUAGCUACAGUUUCGAAUGAUGUGCCGCUUAGUUGCACCUCUUAUUUUUCAUUGUUUUUAUUGACAUGUUGAAUUCACAGUAGCGAUAAAGGUUUUACAAAUCAGGAUAGCUUGUCUACCUCUCCUCUCCCUUUCUCCUGCAGCAGUCUUCAGGAUUUCACCUCCAUGCUCAGACCUUAGCCUAGGGCUAGGCCCUUAGGCCACCAAAGGCUUCCAUUUCUUCCAUCAUAUCAUCUUGAGUAGACAGUCGGGUAUUGCGUGUUUAUUUCCUACCAUGGGGUGUCAUAAGCUUUCUCCAACUCCCAUGUUUUUUGUCGCCCUUUUAUGCCAGUAGCCAAACUAUCCAGUUUGUUUUCACAGAAGUGGAAGAUGACAAUCUACCAUGCAGCAUCUGCCAUUGCACCUGCUUGAAGCUGCACUCUACUGUACCCUGCAUUGAGGACCUGAUAACUAGGAAUGCUUUUGAAAUGUACUCCACAUGACAUACUCCACAUGACAUUCAGAAAAACAUAUUGAGCAGGAAUAGAACGAGACCCUUGAAUGACGGUUCCAUUUUCACAUAUUCUUUUUGUUCAACAGUUUUUUUUUUUUUUUUAAUUACAUUUGAAUGUUCAGCUCUUAUUGCUCAUUCGCUGUCUCGUUUUUAUUCCAGGAAGUUCCCUCUGAAGCAGGGAGUGUCUGCAUAUAAAAUGGUCUGCAGUUCUCUGCUUCAUAGAUGCCACCACCGUCUCCUCUUCUAUGACCAUGGGAGGCCCUCGCAGUGCUUUUCCCACCUCUUCCAGCUCCACCAUGCACUCCAGUACUUCAGCCACCGACCACACCUCUGCUCAUACCGGCAUCGCCGCUCCAGACGAAGGUGUAAGUAGCAGAGCGGUGGCGGAGAUGCUUGGCGCCGAGGGCGGGACUGGCAACAGUGGGAGUACUGGUGGCGGAAGGGCUGGCGGCGAGAAAGGAGGAGGGGCUGGAUCCCUAGGUGGAGGAGGAAGAGGGGGGGCAUCCCAGGAGGCCCAGCAGCACCACCAGAUGACCCCUUCCAAGCGGCGCACGGUGCUGAACAUCUCGCCUCCGCCCGAGGACCUGUUUGACGACAGCCGCAUGUCCUGCCAGGAGGAUCAGCUCCAGGACUCCGAGCUGAGCAACAGCAUCUGGAUGGAUGACUCCGCCUCCAACUUCAGCAUCGUCAGCUCCAGCUCCUACAACGACAACACAGAGGUGCCCCGGAAGUCGCGCAAGCGCACCCCCCGCCAGCGACCCGGGCCCAAGCCUGCCUCGGCCGAGGAGGCCAGCAUGGAUGUGUUUGAUGCAGACAGUGCCAAAGGUCCUCACUUUGUGCUCUCACAGCUGGGCUCAGACAGCAAGGCCUGUACCAAAGGAAGUUCGGCAGAUGGCUCCCAAACAACCCAUCAGAAAUGUGGGACCCUAGCGAGCCAGUUCCCUCAGAAGAGUGAGUGCAAGGAGCUGAAGAUCCUGGUCCAGCCUGAGACCCAGCACAGAGCCCGCUACCUGACUGAGGGCAGCAGGGGGUCAGUGAAGGACCGCACUCAGCAGGGCUUCCCUACCCUAAAGCUGGAGGGUGUGAAUGAGGCAGUGGUGCUGCAGGUGUUUGUGGGUAAUGACGCUGGGCGUGUGAAGCCACAUGGGUUCUACCAGGCCUGCAGGGUGACGGGGCGCAACACUACAGCCUGCAAGGAGGUGGACAUAGAGGGCACCACUGUCAUUGAAGUGUCCCUGGACCCCAGCAAUAAUAUGACCCUGGCGGUGGACUGUGUGGGGAUCCUGAAACUGCGUAACGCUGAUGUGGAAGCUCGUAUCGGGGUGGCCGGCUCCAAAAAGAAGAGCACGCGUGCCAGGCUGGUGUUUCGGGUCAACAUCUCCAGGCCGGACGGCUCGGUGCUCACGUUACAGACACCGUCGUCCCCCAUCCUGUGCACCCAGCCUGCAGGGGUGCCUGAGAUUCUGAAGAAGUCCCUCCACAGUUGCUCGGUGAGGGGGGGUGAGGAGGUCUUCAUCAUUGGGAAGAACUUCCUCAAGGACACCAAAGUCAUAUUCCAGGAAAAUGUAUCAGAUGAGAAGUGUUGGAAGGCAGAGGCUGAAAUUGACAUGGAGCUGUUUCACCAGAAUCACUUGAUUGUGAAGGUUCCUCCUUACCAGAACCCAGCCAUCGCGUCUGCAGUGUGUGUGGGAAUCUACGUGGUGACCAAUGCUGGCCGAUCCCACGACGUGCAGCCUUUUACAUACACUCCAGAACCAGUGGACAUAUCUGUGAAGAAAGAAGUUCCAUCUCCAGGCAAGCCCUGCCCUUUUGAUCAACGGAUGAAAGUAAUUGAUGGUGCCUUGAUGCCCCCAAUGUUGCCUCUUGUGAAGAGAGAAGAGGUCACUCCAAUGGAGGUCUCCAGCAACCUCCCUUCUGCUGGCGUGUUCAAGCAGACCCCCGAUGUCAUGUGUUCCGCCCAGCAGACGCUGGACAUGAGUUCUAACCUUCCCCCCAACAACAGCCCGUUCUCCAACUCCUUGCCGCGGCCUGCCAAGGACCCUGCCGAAUCCCAAACAGCAGUCUUCAACAGUGCAGAGGCCCUGAGCACCAUACAGAAGCAGGACAUUGCACUCACCAACUCCUUCCCCGUGCCUGCAGACUCUCUACUCCAAACUGGGCCUCAGCAGUUCCUCCUGGAGCCCAGAGAGGGGCUUGGUCAGGACAGGGCUGGCAACAAUGCUGGGGCGGUAGGGAGGCUCAGUCAACAAGUGGAGGCCCCUCAACCUGCCCCCCAGCAGCACCAGCUGCCCAUAUUCCCCCCAGACGAGGUGGCCCAACUGGAACAAGCAGUGAGACAACUGCAGGCAAAAGGGUACUGCAGCCAGCAGCAACAGCGACAACAGCAACAAAUUCAACAACAACAAAUUCAGCAACAACAGCAGCAACAAAUUCAGCAACAACAGCAACUACAGCAACAGCAACUACAGCAACAACAACAGAUUCAGCAGCAACAGGUUCAGCAGCAACAGGUUCAGCAGCAACAGGUUCAGCAGCAACAGGUUCAGCAGCAACAGAUUCAGCAGCAACAGAUUCAGCAGCAACAGAUUCAACACCAACAAAUUCAACACCAACAAAUUCAACACCAACAACAGCAACAGCAUGUGUUGGAGAACCUGCGGCAGGAGCUGUUUAAAUCACAGAUGCCAAUGCAGUGUGACAUAUUUCAGGGCGGUUCUCUAGGUGAGAACACUGAACAGCAGGGUUCCCAGCAGGGCAUGGUGCAGAACCAUGGUUCCCUCUUUCAGCAGGCCCAACAGCAGCAGAGGCAACAACAGAAACAGCAGCAGCAAGCAGCACUCUUUCAGCAAGCCAAUGAGCUCCUGUCCAUUCAGACCAACUUCCUCCAUCAGACCCCUUCUCAUCCCUCUCCACCCCUCUUCCAUAAUCCCAGCCCCCUGGCUGAGGCACAGGACCCACAGGGGGCGCUGUUCCACACUCAGAAGGCCUCUCCCACCCAGGAGCAGGUCCAGGCAACCCUCUUCCAGAACACCCUGACAGUGUUGAGUAGGACCAGCCUCUCCCCAGAGCAGCCCCCCUCUGCCGCCAACCUGUUCCUCCCCCAGAGUGCCCUGCCUGGUCAGCUCUCCGCUAGUGGCAGCCAGCAGCAGCAGCUGGCCUUCCUCAGUGCCCUGCAGACCUCUGCCCCUGAGCCCCAGUCAGUGUUCCAGGCUCAGACCCAGCUUUCUCCUAUCCAGCAGGGGACCCCCAUGGAGCAGCAGCAGCCCCCCCAGCCUCAGCCACCUCAGCAGAAUUCUAUGUUUCAGAACAUCUCCCCUCAUCCACCUGCAAACACUCUCUCUCAGACCCAGCAGCAGCAGGCUGGCCUACUGUUCUGCAGCAAACACCUCUCCACUCCAGAGCAGCCCCCCAGUCUGCUGUUUAGUGGCCAGGGCCAGAUGCCCCCCAUGAGCAGCAGCAGCCUGAACUCUCAGGAGCCCCAAAACCCCUCCAUGCUGUUCUCUCAGGCCAACAUGGUGACUGUUAGCCAGCAGGAAUCCUCUGAGCCCAUGGCCUUCCAGGACCAGAGCCAGGUGGUGGGGAACCCCUCAGAGCCUCGCCAUCACAGCCUGUUCCAAGAGCAGCAGCCCAUGCAGCUGAUCACCAACUCCAACAACGGCCCAGAGCAGCCCGUCUCUCUCUUCAUGCCCCAAUCCAACAUGUCUGCCCUGCAGGCUUGCAUGGCUGCCCGGGAACUCCCGCAGACAGGCAUCUUCAGCACUCAGAAUGGGGUGGCAGGCCUGCAGACCACCACCUCCUCCCCCGUACAGCAGCCAGGGUCUCUGUUCCAGACAGCAGUCAGUGGGAGCCUCAACCAGCCCAGCGAGGCCCAGCAGCCAGGCCUCUUCCUCUUUGGGAUUCAGAAUGAGUGUGGCCAGCUGAUAACCUCUCCUGGAACCACUCUGUCUGAUCAGAUCAUUGCCAUCAGUCAGUCUGGUCAGAACCAGAGAGAGAGCGAGGCCCAGAUCCAGUCGCUGCUCAACCAGUCCAUGUCUGAGUCAGGGAGCAUGCAGAACAGCAUGACCGCCUCCCAGAACAUGGAGAAGAUAGAUGACCUGCUUGUCAGCCUGCAGGAGCAGGGCAACAACCUCACUCGCUCCUACUAGGCCUGCUAUAGGUUUCAGGAGCCCAGAAGACCCCAGUGUGGACCCCCAUUACAGAUGGCAGAAGACCCCCAGUGUGGACCCCCAUUACAGACAGCAGAAGACCCCCGGUGUGGACCCCCAUUGCAGAUGGCAGAAGACCCCGGUGUGGACCCCCAUUACAGACGGCAUAAGAAUGAAAACAAACUCAAUGGUGGGCUCCUGUCCGAACUCCAAGUUACAUGUAAGCCUCAGCGGCCUUUUUCUCCAAGGACAGUCUUCAUGUGUAGAUGCUCCACAGUGGCGCCGAGCGGGGUACCAGUCCUCCACUGCAUCUAAACCUGGACCUCAAAAUAGGACAUAGGUUGUAGUUACCCCACAACUGUCAUUGUAUCUCGCAGCUAGUCGCCUCCAGCUCUUAAUGAAACAUGACACUAUGUAAUGUUUGGCUAACUCAUCAGUUCUCAGAGCAGCACUUUGCGGUGUGGUUUUAUAAGGAUGGUGGUGGAAGCUAGCACAGCAUUCUGUCUUCUCCAGGACCAGAGUGUGGGCUCACAAUUGUUUAGAACGCAUUGUUGUCCUUUUUAUACGAUAUUAAAAGUAUUUUAGGAAAUAGCAAAAGAAAAUAUACAAUUCAUGAAAAAUAAACCUUUGUAAUAUAUUUUGACUUUAGUUCUUUCAGCACUUUACGAUGCUUUCAGAUUGUGGCCAGUUACUCAUUAAGUUGGCCUAUGCAUUCGCUAGUCAGCUAUUUAGUCAGUACAUCUCGACAACUUUAUUACUCAUGCAUGUGUUUUGAGUUAUGGCUUUAGUUUUUUUAUUGUUCCUUUCAUGAAAUACCAGUUUCUUAUUGGCAGCCAUCUUCCCAUUACCCAUUCAUGAGAAUAACUCCAAAUAUUUGAGUAUUACACCAUGGAUUUCUUUCCCUGAUUAGACUCUGUAGUACGAGAGAUGCUCUAGAUUAGGGUCAAUGUGGAUCAAGAGAAAAAAAUCAUCCAGCUUUUCAAUUAUUAAUUUCCAGUCUACAUAAUUAAAUAGGCCUACAUUUUGAAUAAAUCAGAACCAUAUAUGUGUACUAUAUACCAGUGUGCACGGUUGUCUGAUGUAAUUAAAGAGUAUAUUGUUAUUUGUAUCAUUCUAUUGCAAAUGUAGAUAAUGUGUUGUUUUGUGAUGAUGUCUCCAUGGAAGAUGUUUGUAUUAGCUAACAUCUGGCACGCACAAACUGGACUUUUAUCCAUAGAUCAGAGAGGAGUUUUCCGUAUGUUUGUCUUACUGUAAAAUACCAACUCUCUUGCCUACAGUGGGCCACCCCAGGACCUGAGUCAAGGCCUCAAGUCACAGCCUCCUUUUUCGUCUUCAUGAAUGGCCAGUUUUAUGGCUCAUAUUGAUUGGUGUGUUCAUAUUUGUCGUUUGAGACUCGCCAUGUUUUGACAGGACGAAAGUGGUGAAAGUGACUGGAGCAGUUAUCUGUUUUGCCUUGAGCAUGAAUGGUUGUUUGUAGUUGGAUUAUUAGUGUCAGGCGUGAUAUACAGAUGUAUGAUCUUAAUGUAUGAUCUUUUGUUGCUGAGAAUUUUCCUGCACUGGAAGAAAAACUUUUUUAUUAUUAUUUGUAUUUUAUAAUUUUUGUAUAUACUUUUGUUGUACUUUUUACCCCGAAUUUCAUGAUAUCCAAUUGGUAGUUAGUCUUGUACCAUCGCUGCAACUCUGCAACUGCAACACGACUCUGCCAAGCCGCUCUGCUUCUUGACACACAGCUCGCUUGUGUGUCAAAUUUCGAACUUUGAAAUUUCAGACUUGAUUUACCCUAAUGAAAAAUGUAUCAACCUCUACAAAAAUGUCCAUUAAUUAUAAUCCACAGAAUAAUUCACAUUUCCUUUUGCUGCAGGAUUAUUUUUCUGCUAUAGCAAACUGGCUCAAAUUAAGACCCUACACCUGUACUGCUGCCAAACUGGUUUGUGCUUUUAUUCUUUACAUGUGAGUAUUGGGCUGGAGUGGAGCCAACAGUAAGAUUGUGUCUUGUUUUUUGUCUGAAUCUGAGUAUACACAUGAACAAGGGGCUGGUCUCUGAUGACAACAAUAACAGCUUCGUUGAGUGCCUCCAUCUUUCUCUCUUAGUGUUGUAUUUUAUUGUGUGUUCUUAACAUCAUUACUUUUUUUCACUUUAAAAACAAGCAGAUUUUUUAAAUGGAAAGUAUUUAAAUUAUUUUUAGUAAUGUGAUUGGUGGGGCCCCAUAUUCCCCAUCCCAGAGCUUGAGCUGUGUUCUUUUAGAUAUUUAAAGGGACCCUACUCAUGAAGAAUGAACCGUUAAGUUGCUUUGGAGAAAAGAGCUGUCUGUGAUUGGCCUUCUUCAACUCUUGUGAAAUACUAGUAGUUUUGUUUCCAGUAGUCAUGAGUAUUUGUGAAUUUUUAUCAUAUUUACAAAUAUUUUAUCAUAUCUUUUUUACUGGUGUAGUUCUAAUACAUCUUUUCAGAAAUCAUAUCUAAUUUAUUUGGUAUUUCUUGUUUUAGAUAUUGUCUAAAUUGUGUCCCACAAUCAUAUUUGUGCUACAAAUGACUUGAUGUACAAGUUUGGUUCUGAUUUAACUCCGUAAUUGUAUUAAUAUUAGUUAUGUGGAUUUGGCCCUUCCCCACCUGUUGAAACUGUAGUUGGCUGUGGUCUUGUGUGACAUAUCUGUCAGUGAAGCUUUUCUUCUCCUUGUAGAUGUGAGGACAGGGAUACAACUUUAUGAUUGAGGGAGUUAAAAUGUAACAUGUACACUGAGUCACAUGUACAUUCCUGUACAUUGUUUUCUUCCCUUUGAUAGAUUUCCGUAUGCCAGGUUGAGAUCAAUUGUACAGUAUGUUUGUCCAAAUCUGAUAGUUUAAAGUCAAACCCUUGUGAUAUCAUCCAUGAAACAUUUAACCUAUACUGUCACAUCUACAACUUAUUUCACCUCUUGAAUAAGGAAAGAGCAGGAAGUUAUUGGACAACUAUGCCAGUUAUAAAGCCAUACAGACAGUUAAAACAGCAUCUAUUAAAUAUUUGUUAAUAGGGUUUACAAAAAACUCCAAACACAGAAUGUGUUUGUUACCUCAACCAGAGCAGGUUGCUAAUCAGGCCACCUUACUCAACAUUGGACCAAUUUCAAUGAUAAAGUACAUUCUUUAUAUAUAGUAUACAUACAAUAUUUUGUUAGCAACAUGUUAAUGUUUUGUGUUAUGAAUACACAAUAAGAUUAUUGUUAUUUUCAAGCAUAAGGAUAUUGAGGAAAGAAAUACCUAUUUUGAAAUGUAACCCAUGAAUAUCCCAUGUAGUAUGAGCUUUGACAAAAAUAUUUGUCAAGUAGGCUACAUGUUUUACAUUGAUGACGACAUGAGUCUUUGUAAUUGAGUGGCGCUAUACUUUAUUGUGCCGGUAAAGGUUUAAUUUAUUGAAGACCUAAAAAUUAACGACUUUUCCUACUCAACCAAUGACUACAGAAAUGCAGGGGUCACCUUGAAAGUUCAUCUAUAUUUUUACCAUAUUUGCACCCAGACUAACCAAUGAUUUAUGACAUCACAGCGUACAGCAAAUAUAUUUUAGAAGUAUUGCUCAGUACAUUGGAUGAUAUACUUGUGCCUUGACAAACUUUUUAUAGUAGAGACCAGAUUUAUCUUGUACCAGUGUUGCCUAUUUUAUUCACCGCUGUGACACUAUUGUCAGUGGUUAUUAGCCCUUGAUAACUAGUAUCUUGCAAGCCAUACGACUUGUGUGCUUCAAAUGCCGUACAGAAAUGAGUGACCAGAUAAAUGUAUAGUGUUGUGCAAGUUCUUGUGCAUCUGAUUUAUUUUCACGAAAAUAUGAAUUGCAUUUGUUUCACGUCGUUGCAAUUUAAGUUUUGUCUCAAACUGCUAUGCAGCUUGAUUCAAUAUAAAUGUAUAUCUGUUACUUUUUUAAUAUAUAUUUUAUCUAUCUAGCCUCUCUUGAUUGUUCAUUGCAAAGGGGAAACUAUAACGAAAUAUUGUAAUUAUGUUAAUUAUUUAUGUAACUUUUUGAAAUAGUAUUGAUACUGUGUGCCACCGGGAUUUGUUUUUAUUUUUAUGAUUGGGCUUGUGUCAGUCAAGACCAACACAUAUUUCACCUAAUUCAAACAAAGUUGUCAUUCAGAAUUUUCAUCAUGUGUGUUUUGUUUUUAUUGUAAAUGUCAUCAGUCAGUCUGUUCACACACUGUUCUGUUUGUGUCCCCUUAACCUGUCUGGCUUUGGUUUGAUGUGAAAGUCUGCUUUGUUUCCAUGAGGUUAGUAGGAUAGUAAUGAACCUGUUGAUAGCAUUGACAGGUUAUAGGUAUGGGGAGUGCAUAUCACCUAUGUGUUUUUAGCUACUGUGUGAACAACUGUUAAAUAUUACCUUUAAAAAAAAAAUGAAUCUAUAUAAAAAUGUCUUUUUGCUUUUGUUGGGGCAUUUGUAUACUCUUGCAAUUAUAUUUAUGUAAACCUGCUGGUAUCUAUAUUAAUAAAGAUAGAUGAUACGUU